AUGACGUGGAUAUCCAAAACCAUCACCGUCUUUGGCGGCCUUCUCCUCGCCCAUGCAUGCUACUCGGCCCAAGAGCACGCAGCACUGCAAUCCUUCAAGGCAGCGGCCACGAGCACACUCACCUCGUCCACCCCGGUCGCAUCGUCGCUACCUGUGGACAUUGCCAUCGAGACCAUCGUUGCGACCCUAGUUACCGUGCUUGGUCUGGUUCUGGGAACGCGCCCGCUUCGGCCGAUUCAGUGGCGCGUCUGGGCCGGCAAGAUUGAGCGGGAAGGCGAGGAAGGGUUCUUGGGCAACAACGGAGAGGUGGAAAAGGACUACAUGGGCAACCCCUUCAGCUAUCUGGAGAGUAGACCCAGCUUUGUCGACAUUCGAAAGCAGCGCAAAGAGUUUGCCGAUUUUGUUGUGAAGCAGUGA